AUUUUAAUAAUAUUCAAACUUCUGUGAAUUUUCUGAACGUAAAUUCUCUUUCGUAGGUUACCGUCCUAUCGUCUCUUUGGGAUAUUCAAGAUGUCGACCCACAAGAAAAAAACUAGGAAGUUGAGAGGUCAUGUGAGCCAUGGGCAUGGAAGAAUCGGUAAACACCGUAAGCAUCCUGGAGGUCGCGGUAAUGCUGGUGGUAUGCAUCACCACAGGAUUAACUUCGACAAAUACCAUCCUGGAUAUUUUGGAAAGCUUGGUAUGGUCAGAUAUCAUCAAAAGAAAAACUCUAAAUGGCAGCCUGCCAUCAACAUUGAUAAAUUAUGGACACUUGUAAGUGAACAAACAAGACAGAAGUACAAAGAUGACCCUAAUGGAAAGGCCCCAGUUAUAAAUCUUAUUAAAGCUGGAUACUACAAACUAUUAGGAAAAGGAAGGUUGCCUGCUCAACCAGUCAUAGUGAAGGCUAAAUUCUUCUCUAAAAGGGCAGAAGAUAAGAUCAAGGCUGUAGGAGGAGCUUGUAUUUUAUCUGCCUAACUUUAAUAAAGUUAUUUUGUAAAUCA